UCGUUCACGAAAGGUAGAUCUACACUUCGGCAGAUGAAAAUGGAAUUAUGUUCUCCAUCCCAUACAUAUGUGAAAAACAUCGAAGGUCUACGAAGCUGGACCGAAUCACCAGAUAUAUUUGAUGACGAUACGUACUCAGAACAAGAAUCGAAGCCGCCUGAAGACAAUAGAGGAAAAAUGGAUGCAAAAGCUCGAAAUAGAAUACGAAAUUGUAUGAAUGCCUUCGUAAACUUUACGAAAAAAGUCCGACCGUAUUACAAGUCCAAGUACCCAACAGAGUCGUUCUACGGGACCACGAGACGGAUCGGACAACAUUGGGCUUCUUUUUCUGCAAGCGAAAAGGAAAGGUAUAUUUCCGCAACUGCGGAAUCAAGACCUGGUAUUGUUGAAAUGAAACCACUACAUAAUGGAAAGUCAAGACAUGGUAACGUCACAGUUGGGUCAAGACAUGGCAUUGUUGAAGAACAGCCACGAGUGAGUGCCGACUCAAGGCAUGUUAACGUCACAGCUGGACCAAGACAUGGCAUUGCUGAAGAACAGUCACGAAUGAGUGCCAACUCAAGGCAUGGUAACGUCACAACUGGACCAAGACAUGGCAUUGUUGAAGAACAGUCACGCGUGAGUGCCGACUCAAGGCAUGGUAACGUCACAGCUGGACCAAGACAUGGCAUUGCUGAAGAACAGUCACGAGUAAGUGCCGACUCAGGACAUGGUAACGUCACAGCUGGACCAAGACAUGGCAUUGCUGAAGAACAGUCUCGAGUGAGUGCCGACUCAAGGCAUGGUAACGUCACAACUGGACCAAAACAUGACAUUGCUGAAGAACAGUCAAGAAUGAGUGACGGGUCGAGGUAUGGUAACGUCACAGCUGGGCCAAGACAUGGCAUUGCUGAAGAACAGUCACGAAUGAGUGCCAACUCAAGGCAUGGUAACGUCACAACUGGACCAAAACAUGACAUUGCUGAAGAGCAGUCAAGAAUGAGUGACGGGUCGAGGCAUCGCAACACAGCUGGACCAAAACAUGGUAUUGUUGAAGUAAUGUCACGAGUGAGUACCGAGUCGAGGCAUGGUAACGUCAUAGCUGGACCAAGACAUGACAUUCCUGAAGUGAGGUCACUAGUUAUUGCCGACUCAAGGCAUAGUAACGUCACAGCUGGGCCAAGACAUGGUAUUGCCGAAGUACAGUCACGAGUGAGUACCGACUCGAGGCAUGGUAACGUCAAAGCUGGACCAGGACAUGGUAUUGCUAAAGUGAGGCCAUUAGUUAGUGCCGACUCAAGGCAUGGUAAUGUCACAGCUGGACCAAGACAUGGUAUUGCUGAAGUAAAGUCACGAGUGAGUGCCGACUCAAGGCAUGGUGCCGGUGAUAACUCGUCAAACGUGGGAAUUUCAUGCAUGUAUGGACGGACCGGUGGUAAUCAGUCGCAUACACCUCCCACUGACCACAAGAUAAAGUCUAGAUACAAGAGUUCAUAUACUUCAGAUGCAUUAAACUGGACAUACGAGCGGGCUGCUACAUCUCCAGUACAAAUUGAUCAAGUCUCUCAUGUUAAUCUCUCCCGCUCUCAAGUGCUACAUGAAGCUUCCUCAGUACCGAAUGAAACACAACCUGAUUUCUUUUCUUGUGCUCACGAUACGAUUGCAGGAGAUUCUAAUCACCUCAAAGUCAAUACCUCACUUGUGGCAUCAACGGAAGACGUCACCAGAGGUUGCCGCGAAUCAGAAAUCAUAACAGACGGGAAACGUUGUCCUCGAACUUUAUCCGACCCCAGGGGAAGUUCUGAAGCAAGUAUAACUUUAAGAGACAAAAUUCCUGUGUUAGCACCCCCUCCAACGUGUACAUCAAUCACUGUCGGCCUAGGCUGGGAGUAUGCCGGAACAUCUUUUGCAAAUGUGGUUUACAAAUCAAGUAACAGCAGCAAUGCAAAAUGGUCACAGUUGCCAAACUUUGAUGGCAACAAUGUGUGUACAUCUGUUUCUUCUUCUUGUGUAAGGAGUCAUAUUGACUCUAAGUGCAAUGACAGAAACGAUCCUGUUAACUCAAAGGCGACUGAGAAACAGAAAAUGUGCAGGAGGAAUGAAUCUAAUAGUGCAGCAAAUAGUAAAAAAGAAAGAACAAAAGACGGAGGGGUUUCAAAAUUAAGAGCUAAACGCAUUCAACCAAAGUCUCCGAGAGCUUGCUCCGCUAUCGGUUCAAAUCAGGACAGUCAAAUGACUGGAUCAAUACUGUUCAACUCAGGAAUCAAGAUGCAGUAUAGAAAAAUACUUCCUAAGCCGUUAAAUGUAACAGUUGAAAAACCAGCAGAUCCAAACAUAGAAUCGUUGGAUCAAAAUCCAAUACAAGAGGUGGAUUUUAAGCAAUCAUUCAAGAUAAAAGAUGAAAUGAACCAAGAAGGCGUCUUACUUGCUCCUCGUGAUGAGACAACAAUUGAAAGUGUGCAUUUAGAUUCUAGAAAGCAGAAUAAAUUUGAGAAAUCAAUAAAACUAUCGCGUCCAAAAGACGAAGUCUUUGCGUCGAUUAAGAGGUUCAUAAGGGAGACAGAUGAUCCAAAGCAAUCUACGCAGGGUCAACCAACAGAGAAAUAUAAGAAAUUCAGCAAUGAGGACACGAAUUGUACCACGAGGUGGGAUGGGAAGGAAGAUCUGAAGAUCAGGGGACCUCCUAUAUGCAAAACCUUUGGUUUGAAAGAAGAUAAAUCAGCAGCGAUUUCCAUUUGCGAAAAGCAGAAAUACAAAGUUCUUAUUACCAGAGGGACAGACUGGGAUAUAUUGCCAAUUAAACAUAAAUCACCUGUACCAAAUCUAGUAUCCAUAUUUUCUCUGCAACCGGAAGUUAACCUACGGGAGAAAAAUGAUACGAAUGGCAGCAGCGAUGAGAGUCUGGGAGACAUGGACUUUCUGAUGGAGGGAUGUGACUCACCCAUGUGGUUCUCAUCGGGAAGUAGUGGAGCAGCCAGUCCUCCGUGUGCUAGUAAUACAGGUAUGUUACUUAAGUCGAAGACAUAGUGUACGUACUUUAAUGCUGUCAGUGAUGUGUUAGCAUUGUGUGUAACGAGACAUGAACAGAGAGAUAUUGAAAAAGUUGUGUUUUGUACGAGUCACUUUUAUCUCAUUAUUCUAUGUAAACAACCUAACACGCACCAUUGCACGGAAGUCAUAAUACAUUUUAUGCACAGUUAAGUAUAUAAAAGUCAAUUUUAUUGUACGAUGAUUGUGAUAUUUGGCAUGGAGAGUCAGGAGGGGUCAAACAUUGUUUUACGGAAGUCAGAAGGAAGAUUUCUGUCUCAAUUAUUGUUCACAUUGAACGUAUAUUUUCAGAUACCAUUUGAAAAAUGGGAGCUCUGCUGUUCUACAAUAGCUAUUGUUUAAUAAAUAUUUGCAUUGUGUUCAGUUUUCUUUACACAAACCAUUUAGGAAUUUCGAUUUGUAAGAUUCUCUCUGAAUGAUUGGCCAACCCCGUUAAAAUAAAUAGAUCACUAUAAAUAUUCUAUUUGCUAAUUAUCUGUGACAUUACACACGGGCGUUCUGGUUGGCUGGGCUUUUGUAAGACACUUCACUACCAUUACGAGUGUCCAGUUUAUUGUUCCUUAACGAUUUCUGUUGAAAACUCGGUAUAUUUACAAAAAUGUAUAUUAAAAAAGACGAUAUCUUUACUAACGGACAUAAUUAUGGAGGUUAUUUCAGAUCGCUACCCUAAUCAUGUUUUGAUAUUUCGUAGACUUGACAGACCGUACUGUUGGAGACUGUACUGAAGCACUCAUCAUCCACCCCGUUGUUUCACAGCUGCUCCAGACAGAUUGCUCUUCAAGUGUUGAUGACACAAAUUCUUCGGACAGUUUGCAGCAGUUGCAGAAAGGUUAUUGUAUUGGUUCACCGUCUCAUAAGUCAGUCAUUAAAAAUGUGUCUGAUACAAGCCCGAACGGACCAGGAACACCAACUCAAUCUGACGAUAUCAUAGCCAUGCAGAGUUUAUAUCACUGUUAAACAGGAUCGUGUUUCUAACCUGCAUUCAAAAGCAUUUACCGGAGGUUUGAAAACGUCUUUCAUUCGUGAAUUUGAAAACACACGUUGAAGAAUCUGUCAUUCUGGUGACUAUAUUUAAAGAGAUUGUAUGUUCAGUUUUUGGAAGACAUGCCUUUCCUCAUAAGUAGUACCGUGUGUACCUCGUAUUCAAUAAAACCUGCUACCGUUCCACCAGAAAUAGGCGUUGCACUUUAAUUAAUCAUGUAGUGUUUGAUCACGAUAUCUGAAA